UAUGACUUUGUUCUUGCUCCAUCACUUUAUAACACUUGCAUGGAUUGGGUACCAGGCAGAGUUGUGGACCAGAGUCAUUGUGAAGCAUCGGUUGGCAAUACGAAGUUCACUGACCUUGUUUUUGCCGUUGAUGCAUUAAUUCUUGCGGAGUCAUUGGAGGUUCUGGCAAUGGCUCUCGAGGCACUCCACGAAGAGGCGACGCCCUUGAGACUUCAGAUCCCUUGGGCUAAGACUACAUAGAAGCAUAUCUGAGUGCGCGCCGAGGCCCUGAAGAUUUCGCCUCUGGAGCUGGAUCGGCGGCCGUGAGUGUGCCCAGCUCAUCCAAAACUGACGACUCAAACAUCUCACUGUCAUCCAGUUUCCUCACACCACCAUUCAUUAUUAAAAAAUACUGAGGCCACCAUCGUCUUUCUAAGAAAACUUUGCAUCACACUAGCAUAAAUUCGUAACAAUAAUGUAAAAACAAAUAUACGAAAAUGAGGGCUAAAUAAAGUAGCGCUUAGUUUUUUUAUAACAUUUAUUUCCCUUUAACUCCUUAUUGCUAAGCUAUUAUUCAUUGCCACACUUUUUUAAGUACGGUUCCUGAAUCUGCACACUUCUGAUUCUGUUGGUGUAGGUUACGUCUCGAUCAAAAACUAAAGAGGGUCAAAAUUCCCUCUGAACAAACUGUGCCGUGAAGGAGUUCGUCCGCCUCGGCAUUUGCUUAUCUCGACCCACAGCUAUCGUAGUACAAUGACAUCUGUAAAAAGCACGGAUCAGCACUCCGCCCUCACGGCACAACUUUGUUCCGUGGCAAUUUUGACUCAAUAUAUUGUUUCUUUCAUCGAGACGCAAACUACACCGAAAAAAAAAACGUACAGAUUUAGGAACCGUGCUUAAAAAAGUUAUGCGAUGAAAAAUAGCGGAGUAUUAAGAAGUUGAAGGAAAAUAAGUGUAAGAAAAUGUUUAUGCGCUACUUUACUUAGCCCUCAUUUUCAUAUACUUGUUUUUACAUUAUUGUGCUGUCAUGAAACUGGGUGGGAGUGAGGUGUGUGAAGUCGCCAGUUUUGGACGAACUGGGCACACUCGCAUCUGCCGCAGUGGGGCACUGGCACCCUUCAUCACAAUGCAGCGGGAUAGGGGACGUGCACUCUAAUAUGUAAUUCUCUGGCCAUGUGUCUGUUCAAGUGUAGGGCGAAGACAUUGUUAUCUUGGAGAAUUUCACAUACUUUGGCAAUGUAAUUUAGAUUAACGGCUAGCUCGACCUAAAUAUCUUGAUGGCAAGGAGAGAGGACUGCGGUGCUAGGACAAGGUAGGGGCAGGUGGUUGUGCACGACAUGCUAACAUGCAAAGUCCAUGUACUCCCCUUUUUUUUUGUAAAAUGUCACACCAGCUCUGCCAUAAUUUGCAAAAUAUCUGAAGAGUAAGCUAGAUCAUUUUUCGUCGGAGAAUCCUUAGUGUAAUAUUAGACUGAUUUGAUAAUUGAUUUUAAAACCAAUUUUAAUAAAACCUGAUAUGAAUAUUCUUCAGCGAUUUUUACAUUUAUUCUUGCUUUUUUUUCUAUCACUGUAGCAUCCCCUUUCCAAAGAACAAGCAUUCACAAGUACAAAAGUGUAAACGUAAAUCAAGUGGUAAAAAACUAACUGGAUAUCUUUGGGGAUUAGAAUGUUAUUUUUCUCACGUAAUGAAUGUUCUUAUUAGAUAUUAUAAUUAGGGCUGAGUGGUUAGCGUGACGGCGUAGCGUUCAGUACGACGCGGGUUCACGCCCCGCCACAAGCUGGGAUUUUUCAGUCAGCGCCGAGCGGCCUCAGACUACCCAUAUGCUGUCCAGAAGACCAUCUAUCAACCCGAACUCAAGAUUCUCUCUCUAGAGGAGAGGGUCAUUGAUGAGGUCCGAGGGUCAGCAUAAGCCAAGGAAGAUGGCGCCACUAUAAACACUUGGUUGCGCCACAACGGGCUGGGGCCGAUCAUCAGGCCCCAUCAAGAAAGUCUACCGGCGCCUUGGGCGGAAACCUUAAAAAUCAGGCCGUGGCCAUGAUUCGCUCAUCGGCGCUCAGGGUGUGCCAGGGGUGGGCCGCAGGCUCCAGGAGGACCAGCAUCCCAACCACCAUCACUGCUGCGGCCACCGUCGGCACCAACGUGGAAAGGCUGGAACGCUUCCUCCACUCUACAACGUUCAAAUUCAACACGUCGGAAGAAGAGAAGGGUAUUAAGUGGAGGUUCCCCGUAGACAACUGGACGAAGGCCAUGAUGAGGAGUGUUGAUCGCGGCAUGUGUGUAACCAUAAUCUUCACCCUCAACUCCAAAGCGCCCAUCACCCCUGACCUGAUGGAAGAGGCGCUCGUUCACCUCUACGGGAAGAUCGAGUCAUUCAGAACUUGCUUCCGAAUGCGGGACGGGCAGCUGUGGGUCGCUGAUAUGCCACGAAACAAAUUAGAUUUUCAGGUGGUCGGCAGUACGGACUUGGAGCAUGAACACUCUGAACUGCAAAAAGUAAAAUUUGACCUCCACAAUGGGCCCCUGUGGAAUGCUCGUCUCAUGACAUGCCCUCCCGAUGCUCCCUGUCCUCUCCCUGAAGUGAAGGCAGCAUAUCCUUACCAGUGUUACCUCCUGAUGUCCGCCCACCACGCUGCUAAUGACGGCGGCACCUUACUACUAAUGCCGGACCUCCUUAUCAGCAUCAUCGACAGCCUCCUCGAAGGCUCGCCCGUGGACACCAGGCCGGUCGGGGAGCUCCGUGACGGCGUGGAGGCCAGAAUGGAGGGAAACAGGAUUAGGGCAGAACUGGAAAGGGAUCCUGAGAAGCUUAUGGCGUCUCUAAAAAAACAUUUAGCGACCAAACAUCUUCCCCUUCUCAUGGAAGCUUAUGGUGUCCCGAAAGAAGCAGACCCAACAACGAUAUACUCGCAGCCGGUCUUAAUCGACAAGGAGAUAAUGGAAAAGAUCGCCGCCAAGUCUUGUUCCAUUGGCGCCUCCCUCAGCUCCUGCCUCAAUGCUAUCUUGAACAUAUCCGUGAUGGAGGUGGCUCGCGAGGCGGGCUUAGAAAGAGACGUCUAUAACAUUUCCACGAGAUUAGCCGUCAGUUCCCGCCGACUAAUGAAGAGCUGUGAGAGCUUUCCUCUUGGCUACCAUGCCAUCCCCUUCACGCACUGCAUCUCCACGCCACGUGAUGUAAAGAAAAACUUCUGGCAGUACGUGGAGCGCCUCCACACAGAGAUCCACGAGAAGCUUAACAGGAACUACAUGUGUGAGGAGAUGGUGCUUGCUGAGCUGCUGAACACGGAGGGAUCCGCGCACGAAGCCAAGUUUGCCAGAGAACAAUUUGAUUUUGACCAUUUCUUCUCAAACCUUUGCUCUUUCGAAGCCUCUCAGCAGAAAGGGGUUGGCAAGAAUGCUCAAAUAACAGCAGAAAAUUAUUACUUGAGGUUUCAUAACAAGAACUAUCCUCUGGCACAAAUGGUGUUCCCUUUCCGCGGCAAUCUCUGCUUACAGAACUAUUGCUCCACAAGGGCCAUUGACAGCAGAGUAGCAAACAGAUGUCUCGAGAAAAACGUCUCCACGCUUUAUGAUGUCUCCAAAAUGGUGGAUUAAAGGUAAAUGUACAACUAGUUUGAGGAGUUACGACUGAAAACAAUUACACGAAUGCCUUGGUGCUCUAUGAAGAGUUUAGUGUCCAUACAACACAUUACCGUAUUGCUUUGCAGUCGCAAAUCACUCGUUCUUGUGAUAUAACUUUUUUUCGUAAAUAUUUACAUCAGUUGCCCAGUCGCGACCGCCAUGGUGAUGGUGGGAGCAGGAACUGUAGGAUUGCCAGAUGCUUCAAUAAGAGAAAUCUUCACACCACGUCA